CUCAAAACAUACUAGUCUCUUUGACUCUCUCCUCUCUCUCCUCUCCCAUCUUCGUCCACCAUCACCACCGUAAGCUCAAUUUGGUGCACCGGUCCUAACAAGACCCUGAUCAACCACUGAUAAAUUUCCGAUGUCUGUAGCUUAGACUACUUCCACCAACCAUCCAGACCAACUAGUAGAGAAACACCAUAGGAUAAAUAUCAACCCAUCUUCCCCCUCAACUACACCCAUCCAACCCCAUCGACAGCAUCAACCCACACACACACAUAACCACAAUGUCCCCUCCCCACCUCCCAACCACACUCACAUCCCUCCUCACCACCCUCCUCCUCCUCACCUCCUUUUCCCUAACAACCUACACCCUAACGACCUACCUCCACCUCGCGCACACCGCUACAUCCCUCGUGCCCAAGGUCAUCAUCCACGACACCGCCAUCAUCGCCACAACAUCCUACCAUAUCUUCACGACGAUCCUGACCUGCCUCACAUUCAUCACGAUCUACUUCCUCUUCCCUAGAUUCUUCACAAAGUCAAACGGCAGCAACAGCAGCAACCCCUCAUGGAUCCAAAAGGCACUUACAUCCCUCGCAACCCUCCUUCUCACGACAAGUCUCCUCGCCUUCACGGUCAUCCUGGCUACCAGAAAGAUGUCCUUUGGGGACGUGGGCCCGCGUGUUACUGUCUAUUUAGAUGAGAGUCUGGGCGAGGAGAGUCUGGUUUAUAGGGAUGAUGGGAGGGGGGUUGCCGGGUUUGGUAGUGGGGUGGGUUGGUUGGAUUGGAGCAGCGGUUUUGUGUGGGUUGAUGAUGGUUGGAGGGAAGAAGGAAGAGAAGAAGGGAGAUGAGAUGUGGGUGGAGAAGGGGGAGGUGGAGGAGAGUAGUAGGGCGGAGAGUGUGUAAGUGUGUUUUGUGGAUGUUAGGGAUUUUGAUGGAUGAGGUUGUGCGGGUGUGGUAUGAUAC